AUGUCUUUGUUCGGUGUCAAACCGAGUGGAAAGUCUUCACUCCCUGCAGAGCGUAAUAUCUCAAAAUCGGAAAAGGGUAGAUUUGAUAUUGAAGUUACAGAUCCAGUGAUUGAGCAUAACAUUAACCUUAUGGCUCUAACUCUGGUUGGAAAAAAUUUGGGCCCUAGACCGAAUAUUGAUAUUGUCAGGGUGUUUGCUAAAUGUAAAUGGGCACUCAAAGGUCAAGUGGAGGUCACAACCAUGUCCAAAGGUGCGUUGUCUAUGUCCUUUUCAUGUGAGGAAGACAUGUUGAGGAUGAUUUGUGAUGGCCCUUGGUUGAUUAGAAAAUCUACGCUUGCUCUGCAAAAAUGGUCUCCUAAGAUGGACCUAAAUGAAUCUUUUUUUGUACAAGCUCCUGUUUGGGUCAGAUUACCGAGCCUUCCAUUGGAGUUCUGGGUUGAAGAUGUUUUCAAAGGAAUUGCUAGUUCCUUUGGGGAACUCGUAUCUAUGGACCCUAUCACGGCAUUUAGAAGAAGAUUCACCUUUGCAAGGAUUUGUGUGGGAGUUAUGCAAGGAACGAAUAUGCCUUUAUCUAUUGAGAUUAACUCCAGAUUGGGGAAGUGGGUCCAACCUAUGGAAUAUGAAAGUGUCCCUUUUGCAUGUUUUCACUACAAAAAAUUGGGGCAUAUGGCUAAAGAAAUCCCUCUACAGACUGUCAAAGAGAAAGAGAAGAAAGAUAAGACAAUGCAAUGGAGAGCCAAAAAUCCUGCCAAGCAACCAGUGAUUGUUGAAGAAAAAAAAUGGUAG